CUCCCCUCCGCGGCCAUGGAUCCGGCCCCCGAUCCGCCCGCCGCCGCCGGCGAGGCCCUGGCCGCGCUCUCCCUCCGCGCCGCCGACCUGCCGGCGGACUUCGCCGCCUCCGCCGCCGGCGGCGGCCACGAGAUCGCCGAGGAGGAGGACGAGGACGACGAGGAGGGGUACGUGACGGCGGCGUCCAGGGGCGGGAGCAGCACGGCCGCGUCCCGGCGGAGGGAGGAGUUCGAGGGGCUCGAGGAGGAGGACGAGGACGGCCCGCCCAGCCCCAGCAGCAGCGGCUACGCCGGCGAGCGCGGCAGCAGCGUCGCCUCCCCCUCCGGCGGCAUCGAGGAGGAGGAGCCCGACCCCGCCCCGCCCCUCCCCCCCGGCGCCGAGGACUGGGCGCGCGGCAAGAAGCACGCCGACGAGGAUGAUGGUUCAGCUUCAUGGAGGAAGAGGAAGAAGCAUUUCUUCAUCUUGAGCAAUUCCGGCAAGCCGAUAUACUCUAGGUAUGGAGAUGAGCACAGGUUAGCUGGGUUUUCUGCUACACUGCAAGCGAUUGUUUCUUUUGUGGAGAACAGUGGUGAUCAUAUCAAAUUUGUGAGAGCUGGGAAACAUCAGAUAGUUUUCCUUGUCAAAGGUCCGAUUUAUUUAGUUUGUAUAAGUUGCACCAAAGAGACGUUUGAAGGAUUGAGGGGCCAACUAGAGCUCAUGUAUGGUCAGAUGUUGCUUAUUUUGACAAAGUCGGUCAACAGGUGCUUUGAGAAGAAUCCCAAAUUUGAUAUGGCACCACUUCUAGGUGGCACAGAUGCGGUUUUCCUCUCUCUUAUACGUGCAUUCAGCUGGAAUCCCGCUACAUUUCUUCAUGCAUACACAUGCCUUCCCCUUGCCCAAGCAACAAGACAGGCUGCUACCGCAGUUUUGCAGGACAUUGCUGAUUCGGGAGUUCUGUUUGCACUGUUGAUGUGUGAUCACAAGGUUAUUAGUCUUGUGGGAGCACAAAAGGCAACUUUGCAUCCUGAUGAUAUAUUACUACUUGCAAAUUUCAUAUUGUCCUCCGAAUCUUUUAGGACUUCGGAGUCUUUUUCACCCAUAUGCUUGCCAAGAUACAAUCCUAUGGCCUUCCUAUACGCUUAUGUUCAUUUUUUUGAUGAAAAUACUUACUUGACUCUUCUUACUCCGAGAUCAGAUGCCUUCUUUGAUUUGAAAGAUUCAAGGGCCCGCAUUCAGGAUGUUCUAUUGAAAUCAAAUGUCCUUCUCGAAGUCCAAAGGUCUUUGCAUGAGAAUGUACUUAUGUAGUUAUGUUACUACAUCUACUAGUUAGGAAAAUUAAAAAACUUAAAUUUGGACAUGUUUGCAAACAAGUGUUAUGAAAAAGUAAAACGGACAUAUCUUUUGCAUACGAUGUCGAAAAAACGCAUAAUAUAUCAAAAAAAUCAGGUCAAAUUUUUAGAAUCC